ACUUUGCCCAAGUUGGUUUACAUCCAUUGUUGCAGUGGUGAUCAAGCUCUUGGUGUUCUUUUUCCCAAAGAGAAGAGGGGGUAAAAAGCGAAAUGAGUACUACGGAAAAGGAUCACAACCGAAAGCCUAGCAGUUUGCGGUCUAUCAUUGCGGGCUCGACUGCAGGUGCCAUUGAAAUCGCAAUCACUUACCCGGCUGAAUUCGCCAAAACCCGGUCGCAACUCAAUCGCAGACUACCGGACGGAAAAAAGCUGCCAUGGCCCCCGUUUGGAAAGCAGUGGUACGCCGGCUGCACAACUCUGAUUAUAGGAAAUUCGCUCAAGGCAGGCAUUCGGUUCGUCGCUUUCGACAGAUUCAAGUCACUUCUUCAGGAUGAGAAUGGCAAGAUUUCGGGUCCAAGAACAGUAAUUGCUGGCUUUGGAGCUGGCUUCACUGAAUCUCUUUUAGCAGUGACACCAUUCGAGAGUAUUAAAACGCAAUUGAUUGACGAUCGCAAAUCCGCAAACCCUCGUAUGCGGGGAUUCUUGCAUGGCAGUAAACUGAUAUUCCAGGAGCGAGGUGUUCGGGGUUUUUUUCAGGGUUUUGUUCCUACAACUGCAAGGCAAGCCGCCAACUCCGCGACCAGAUUCUCGAGUUAUACUAUGUUAAAGCAACUAGCUGAAAGCUAUGUCGCACCUGGAGAAAAGCUGGGAACUGCAAGCACCUUCGCAAUCGGCGGUAUGGCAGGCUUCAUAACAGUAUAUGUCACACAGCCUCUUGAUACUGUGAAAACCAGAAUGCAAUCACUUGAAGCUUCUAAGAACUAUAAGAAUAGCUUUGUCUGUGCAGCAAGGAUAUUCAAAGAUGAGGGGUUAUUUACAUUCUGGUCCGGAGCUGUUCCGCGACUUGCCAGAUUGAUCUUGAGCGGAGGCAUAGUGUUCACAAUGUACGAGAAGACGAUGGACGCCCUGGAUUCUCUAGACCCAACGAGACAAUAUAUCUGAUGCUGGUGAAGCAAUGAACGCAUGGCACCAAUUGGUCUCUUAAACGCUAUAUCGCAGCAUCGCAGCUAAUAUGCAUUUGCUGUAUCUUAUUACAUAGCACUGACACAGAAGCACUGCAUUUUCUAUAUCUACAGCACUUGAAUGAA